CGCAAGUCAUCAUCCUCAUCCUCCUCCUCUCCUCCUCCCCUCCCAACUACUACCCCAGUUUGACGGCACCUGGCCACCAUUCCGCCUCCGCACCUUUCGUCUGUCGUCUCCCUCCCUCUUGCCAUAUAAGAUCGGUUAGUCCAAAGCUUGCCAGCCGGCUUCGCGAACAAAUUGCAAUAUUUGCACGUACAGAACCCGCGCGGAUCGAUCGGCCGUGGUUGCAUUGCUUAGCUGCUGCCCCUUGGAUCUGAGGUUUUCAGGCCGGCACACCGGGGUUUCAGGAUGUGGUGCUGCCGCGGCGCGGAGGACGAGCCCCACGCCGCCCCGCUGGCGGCCGCCAACCCGGCCGCGACGCCGCCGCGAGCACCAGCACAUCCGAGAGGGCCGAACAUGCCGAGAAGCGGCGCGGCGUCUGCGGCCAAGGUGCUGCCCAUCGACGUCCCGGCCGUGGCGCUGUCGGAGCUGAACCGGCUGACGGGCAACUUCGGGGACAGGGCGCUGGUCGGGGAAGGCUCCUACGGCCGCGUCUACCGCGCCAAGCUCGGCACCGGGGAGACCGUGGCGGUCAAGAUGUUCGACAACGGCAGCUCCUCCGGCCAGUCAGAGGCCGAGUUCUGCGAACAGCUGUCCGUGGUGUCGCGGCUCAAGUGCGAGCACUUCACCCAGCUGCUGGGCUACUGCCUGGAGCUCAACAACCGGAUCGUGCUCUACCAGUUCGCCACCAUGGGCUCCCUCUACGACAUACUCCAUGGGAAGAAGGGGGUGAAAGGCGCGGAGCCCGGGCCGGUUCUGACGUGGAGCCAGCGCGCGCGGAUCGCGUACGGGGCGGCGAGGGGCCUGGAGCACCUGCACGAGAAGGCGCGGCCGUCGAUCGUGCACCGCGACGUGCGCUCCAGCAACGUGCUGGUCUUCGACGGCCACGACGCCAAGAUCGGCGACUUCAACCUCACCAACCAGUCCCCGGACUCCGCCGCGCGCCUGCACUCCACCAAGGUGCUCGGCACGUUCGGCUACCACGCGCCCGAGUACGCGAUGACGGGGCAGCUGACGCAGAAGAGCGACGUGUACAGCUUCGGCGUCGUGCUCCUUGAGCUCUUAACCGGGAGGAAGCCCGUGGAUCACACCAUGCCCAAGGGGCAGCAGAGCCUGGUCACCUGGGCCACUCCGAGACUGAGCGAGGACAAGGUGAAGCAGUGCGUGGAUCCCAAGCUCAAGGACGACUACCCGCCGAAAGCCGUGGCCAAGCUCGCGGCGGUGGCGGCGCUCUGCGUGCAGUACGAGGCCGAUUUCAGGCCCAACAUGACGAUUGUCGUCAAGGCUCUGCAGCCCCUCGUGAAUGCUCGGCCAGGAGGAGAAUCACCAGUAGUCCAGUACUAGCUAGGUAGACACAGAGAGUGGGUGGGCAUAAUAUAUACGUAGUGUCGUCGCUCGCCCUGCGCCGCUGUGAUCGAGCAAGUUUUUGGACGUCGUAAAUUAAUGUCUACGGCGUUUUCUGUUAAAAUGUUGCCAGCAACGGCCUGCUUGGCCUGUUUAAUUACGA